UAAAUCUGGAACACGUGACUCUAUUCCGGCUCACCAAAGAUGGCGGCGCCCAGAGCUGUAGCGUGAAUGUGGUUGGUGAAAGACGCUGUCUCUCCGUGCUGGAAUCAGAACAGUUGGGACUGUGCACCAUGUCGCGACUGAUCGUGAAGAACCUCCCGAAUGGGAUGAAGGAGGAGCGUUUCAGGCAGCUGUUUGGCGCCUUCGGCACUCUAACGGACUGCAGCCUGAAGUUCACCAAAGACGGCAAGUUCCGCAAGUUCGGCUUCAUCGGCUUCAAGUCUGAGGAAGAGGCCCAGAGGGCGCUGGGCCACCUCCAUAAGAGUUUUGUCGACACAUCCCGCAUCACAGUAGAGUUCUGCAAGUCGUUCGGGGACCCAACAAAGCCCCGAGCCUGGAGCAGGCAUGCCCAGAAACCAAGCCAGUCCAAGCAACCUUCAAAGAACAAAGACUCCGUCCCCCGAGAAACCAAGAAAGAAGACAGGAAGAAAAAGGUAGCAGGCGAACUGGAGAAGCUGAAGGAAGACACCGCUUUCCAAGAGUUCCUGUCGGUUCACCAGAAGCGGACGCAGGUGGCUACUUGGGCUAACGAUGCCCUGGAUGCUGAGCCCGCGAAAGGGAAGAGCAAGCCGGCCGACGAUUACCUGAACUUCGACUCCGAUUCAGGCCAGGAGAGUGAGGAGGAGGACGCCGGGGAAGGCCCGGAAGAGGAAGAUGACCUUGAACCGAAGGCAGCUGUCCGGAAGGAGCUGUCGGACAUGGAUUACCUGAAAUCCAAGGUGGUGAGGGCCGAGUCGCCAUCCUCAGAGGAGGAGGAGGACGAAGAGAGUGAAGAUGAAGCCGUGAACUGUGACGAAGGGAGUGCGGCCGAGGAAGAGGAUUCCUGCGCCUCCCCAGCCCGGCAGGACGGAGCGGGGUCAGGGCCCGGCCCAGAGCAGCGGACCCCAUCUGGGGACAAGAAACCACAGGAGACCAGAGCCGAGACAGAGAAACCGGCGAUCCAGAAGGAACCCUCCACCCCCCACACUGUGAAGCUGCGGGGAGCCCCGUUCAACGUCACGGAGAAAAAUGUUGUGGAAUUCCUGGCACCUCUGAAACCAGUGGCCAUUCGCAUAGUGAGAAAUGCUCAUGGGAACAAAACAGGGUACAUCUUUGUGGAUUUCAGCAGCGAAGAGGAAGUAAAGAAAGCUUUGAAAUGCAACAGAGACUACAUGGGGGGCCGCUACAUCGAGGUGUUCAGGGAAAAGAAUGUCCCCACAACCAAGGGGCCCCCGAAGAACAGCACCAAAGCCUGGCAAGGCCGAACACUCGGGGAAAACGAAGAGGAGGAGGACCUGGCCGACUCCGGCAGGCUCUUUGUGCGAAACCUGCCCUACACCAGCUCCGAGGAGGACCUGGAGAAGAUCUUCUCCAGAUAUGGUCCCCUGUCUGAGCUGCAUUACCCCAUCGACAGCCUGACCAAGAAACCCAAGGGCUUUGCUUUCGUCACCUUCAUGUUCCCUGAGCACGCGGUGAAGGCCUAUGCGGAGGUGGACGGACAGGUGUUCCAGGGCCGGAUGCUCCACGUGUUACCCUCCACCAUCAAGAAGGGAGCCAGUGAGGACGCCGACGCCCCAGGAUCAUCCUCUUACAAGAAGAAGAAAGAGUCUAAAGACAAAGCCAACAGCUCCAGCCCUCACAACUGGAACACGCUGUUCAUGGGCCCGAACGCAGUGGCCGAUGCCAUCGCAGAGAAGUACAGUGCCACCAAGAGCCAAGUGUUCGACCACGAGACCAAGGGCAGCGUGGCUGUGCGUGUGGCCCUGGGGGAGACUCAGCUCGUCCAGGAAGUGCGGCGCUUCCUCAUCGACAAUGGGGUCAGCCUGGACUCCUUCAGCCAGGCUGCCGCAGAGCGAAGCAAGACCGUGAUGUUGGUGAAGAACUUGCCGGCGGGCACCCUGGCAGCAGAGCUGCAGGAGAUCUUUGGCCAGUUCGGCAGCUUGGGCCGAGUGCUGCUGCCCGAGGGCGGCGUCACCGCCAUCGUGGAGUUCCUGGAGCCCCUGGAGGCCCGCAAGGCCUUCAGACACCUGGCCUACUCCAAGUUCCACCACGUCCCCCUGUACCUGGAGUGGGCUCCCAUGGGCGUCUUCUCCAGCUCUGCUCCAGCCCCGCAGAAGGAAGAACCCCAAUAUGCACUGGUGGAGGCAGCUGAGAAAGUGGAGCCAGAAACUGGUGGGGACCCAGUGCUAGAUGGCGAGACCCCAGAAGGUGAGAAGCCGACAGAGGGAGCAGCAGAAGACUCUUCAGCAAAGAUGGAAGAGGAGGAGGAAGACGAGGAGGAAGAGGGCCUUCCUGGGUGUACUCUGUUUAUUAAAAAUCUCAACUUCGACACAACCGAGGAGACGCUGAAGGGAGUGUUCUCCAAAGUGGGCGUGGUGAAGAGCUGCUCAAUUUCCAGGAAGAAGAACAAAGCAGGAGUGAUGCUGUCCAUGGGGUUUGGGUUUGUGGAGUACAGGAAGCCAGAGCAGGCCCAGAAAGCCCUCAAGCAGCUCCAGGGUCACGUGGUGGACAGCCACAAGCUGGAAGUGAGGAUCUCGGAACGAGCCACUAAGCCAGCCCUGACAUCCACUCGGAAGAAGCAGGUUGCCAGAAAGCAGACAACCUCCAAGAUUCUUGUGCGGAACAUCCCCUUCCAGGCUGACAGGCGGGAGAUCCGCGAGCUCUUCAGCACCUUCGGGGAGCUGAAGACCGUCCGCUUGCCAAAGAAGAUGGCCGGGACAGGCACACACAGGGGCUUCGGCUUCGUGGACUUCCUCAGCAAGCAGGACGCGAAGAGAGCCUUCAAUGCCCUGUGUCACAGCACCCACUUGUACGGCCGGAGGCUGGUCCUGGAGUGGGCCGACUCUGAGGUGAGCCUGCAGGCCCUGCGGCGAAAGACAGCCGAGCACUUCCACGAGCCCCCGAAGAAAAAGCGGUCUGUGGUGUUGGACGAGAUCCUGGAGCAGCUGGAAGACAGUGGAAGCGACAGUGAAGAGCGAGCCCCUCAGCUGCGAGCUGGCGCCGAGAGGGGCUGCUGAGCUGGAGUUCCCGCCUGCGUCUGUCCAAGGGCCUGCUCACGUCUUGGGACUUGUCUCUUCCUACCCUGUCCUCGUUGCUUGGGACCGCAAACCCUGGUCUAGUCACCGGAGGAUCCUCCAACCCGGCUGACCUCAGGACAAGCCUGCGAGCUGCUCAUGAAGCCCGAACUCUCGGCUCAGACACCAGCCUCACUGGCUGAGCCUGGCCGUGUCCCUAAUGGCAGUCACCCUCUGCUCACGAGCU